AUGGGGUUAUUCGACAGUUUCUUAUCCAAAUCGCGAGCCAGCAAAAGCGAGACUUCCUCAAGCUCCAAAGGCAAGGCCUCUGAGUGCCAGGCGGAUUCGGAUAAUACGGGUCAGUCGGUCGAGGCGAAUGCCAGGCCUUCAGACACUGUCGCAGAGGAAGAUUUGGCGGCGAAGAACAGCCCUGCCAUACCUGCAGUGGACCAGUCUGUGCAGCCACCGGAGACGUCUGUCACUGAAGGCUCUCUGCCCUGUACGGGUGUUGUACAGAACGAUGAGACACAGGGGCGAUAUCCUCUUGCGAAUCAUACUGGAAGAGGUUUGAUGCGAAUGUCAGGGUUCCUGACACUUCUACGUUCACACCGGCGUCAGCACCCAGCGACAGUUCUCGAUCACCCCGGCUCCAAUAAUCAACCGGUCCAUCCUGCAUUCGUGGGCAACCUUUGGAGUGAGAAAAGCCUUGACUACGACAGUGUCGCCCCCGACUUUCUGCAAGUGUUCCAACAAGCAGGUUAUCUAGCAGACUUAGGCUCACGGCAGGUGAGCGACAAAACUAUCCAGUCCGCGGAUUCGGAACUCACAAGUGCGACCAUCUGUCGGCAUCCGUCGCAACGGACAUCAACGCCUAUUAUUCUUCCCGAUCAACGACCUGAGUGUCAGAACCCUUUCGAUGAAAAUGCAGAAGGGGUUGAACGGCUUCCCGGUUCAGACCCCUUCUCAGAUCCCCUGGACAUGGUCAAUACACGCCACGAGAGACAACCCAGCUCUGAAUAUGAUGAUGCGGGCCCAAAAUUGUCGGGUUCCUUCGAGCACGCACACACUCGCCGGCCUCAGACCCCCUUCAUUGCUCGUCACUCCGCGGAUGGAAGCUUGUCGCAAGGAAGUUCGGAUCUCCACACAUGUUCGAAUGGCAGCGACUGGUCAGCCUGCGUUGAUCAACACACGGCGACUAUUGCAUUCAAUGAACUUGCUCCCCAGCUGAAUUUGGAGCCUCUUCCCCAGAACCAGAGCUCGGAGGGUCCUUGUGGCCGUCAACAUCCGUCGGACGAGGUGCCUUGCCCUGGCGAAGAGAAGUUGUCGGAACGCCGCUCCACGAUCUUUGGAAGAAUACGAAGCAUCCGAUCGAGUUUCCAUCUGAAGGCCCGGUCGAGUAUACCGCACGAACGCAGUCUACGCAGAAGGAAAACAUUUGCGCAUUUUCCUAACCGAUCCUACGAGAUGUGCUCACUACGAGGCAAAUCCUUGGAAACCUUGGCUCGCCUGGGAGGGCACAGCUUCCUGAACCUCCCUGCAGAUUUUGCCCCGGCCACCUUAAGACUGCCCUCUUGCUUUGUAGCCACCGUCACGUAUUUGAGAUAUUUUGCUCCUACGGUACGGAAUCUCUUUGUUGAGGCUGGAGACCUAAAGGUGGCGGCGCGGACGUACGCAUACUUUGCCGACCAGGUUGCCUCCGCCGAGAAAGACCAAGAGAAGAUUGAACUUACGGUGCGAAGCGACCGAAUCCCCAUGGAACUCGUUCAGGUCCUCGAGCAGGAAGCGCCUCGGCGCAAUGCCUCACAUGUUCUUGGCGUGGCCUGGGCUUUCAAGGCGCUGUUGGCUGGGCUUUCUGGGGGCCUCCUGGGGUCGGAACAGCUGUACCAGGUGCUGGUGAACAUUUCGUACGGUCGCCUUUCGGAGCGUGAUGUACCGGCUCGCAGCGGACUCGGGGGUUUCUCGCCCAGUAGUUAUGCCAAAAUUAAGGCCAUUGCCCUCGCAUUCCUGGCGCUCUCCAACGCCCUACAGUUGAGCCUCAUCUGUGCAGUGUUUGGUCUGUGCGCGGUUCUGUUGCAUGAGUCGCAACGGCACGUCUCCCAACAGGGGAUCGCGGGGAGCAUCCGGGCCAACCUGGGGGCUGGACUUCUCAGCGUUGAGCGGCUGGGCGGAGUCUUUGGGCCGUUGCUAACCGGCUCGGCCGAUGAGGGCGACCAUGGGUUGGGGCACCACGGUGAGCGAGAAGUUGAGAGUCAGCGGGUGGCCGAGAUGUUGGUGCGGAACUGGCGAGGGGUGAGCCGACAGCUGCGGAUCUGGGAGAGUCGAGGACCGAUGGGGCAACAGGGCGCAUUUUCUUGGAUUUCGCGGACGGGCAGAUCGAGGUCGUGA